UGGGGGUUGCGUGGAUCGCUACUGUUGUUUCCUGCCUGCCGGUUAUUCCUGUGCACCCCAUGUUCAAGAAGGUUGCUGCCGGAGCGGCGGUGUUGGCGGCAGUGACGUUGUUGGGUGGGAUGGUAUUGCAGAAUGUUACUUCAACCGCCGUAGCGACACUCGUCAACCAACUUGGCCUAACCGCCAUAAACGUACACCUCGGGAAUAUGAUCCCCGUCUUCGGCUGGACUUCCUUCGCUCUGACACUCCUCUCGGCACUCGGUCUCAGCGCCGUGGUAGUGACGGAGUACACCCUUGAAAAGACACAAGAGAAAAUAACGCGCAAAGCUGAGGAAGCGCUGUCUAGAGGCACCGGCGGAAGGAUUGGUCCUGCGGACGUCAGGGAGUGGAAGAAUGCGGUUAGCAGUAUCAAUGAGAGGGGUGGUAGCGCCGGGAGUGACACUGGAUUGGUGGGAAGGGUAGGAGGAGGAGGAGCCGGGAGGGCCGCGAUUGUCGGGCAAGGGGUUAGCCUUGCGACUAGUCUUAUGAAGAAGAAGAAGAUGAAUGGGGAUGGGAGACCGGUUACUGGUCACAAUUUUGUUUGAGCGGUUUAUUAUGGGAACGGAUGAGGUGGGUGGGGUAACGAAUGGGUGGGGAUUGCAUUGAUGGGUUGCACAUUGGGUAGCAUAGUCUAGCGGUUGCAUC